AGGUUAUGUUCGAUUGGUCGAAGGAGAGCCGCUGCUCCUUUAGACAGUAUCGAUCUUUGUAGGGUUAUGGCAUCCUCUUAUCAUCACCGCUUGUGCUCUGGCUCUCAUAUACUCGAGCUCAUAUCAAGACCAUUAAUCCCUCGACUUACAAGAUGGACGCUCGACCCACAUCUAUCUUACAUAGAACGCCAUGGACACCUCCCAUCGCCAUCGCCACUGAUGGUAUUUACAUCGAUCUUGAGGAUGGUAGACGUGUCAUCGAUGGGAUCGGCGGUGCUGCCGUGACUUGCAUCGGUGGAAACCAUCCCAAAGUAGUCAAAGCCCUCAAAGAUCAUAUCGAUGUCAUGUCCUAUGUACACAAUACGCAGCUUUCCAGCCAUCCUGCGGAGGAGCUGGCUAAACUGCUCGUGGAUACCAGCGAUGGUGCCUUCGAGCAGGUCGCAUUCCUAUCUGGAGGUUCUGAAGCGAUGGAGACUGUCAUCAAACUCUCGAGACAGUAUUAUAUCGAGAUCGGGCAGCCGAAACGAACAAACUACAUUGCCCGUCAACUGUCCUUUCAUGGAAAUACCCUUAGUACUCUGUCCCUUGCAUACCAUCCUGGUCGCCGUGCACCGUAUGAGGCUAUUUUAAACCACCAGAAUUUCCACUACGUUUCCCCAGCGUAUGCAAAGAGGUUCCAAAAACCAGAUGAGACAGAGGAGCAGUACGUUGAGCGACUCCGACAAGAACUCGAGGACAAGUUUAUCGAACUCGGCCCCGAGACAGUAAUCGGCUUCGUCGCGGAGACUGUCGUUGGUGCGACAACAGGGGUUGUGAGUGCACCGAAGGGAUACUUCAACGCCAUGAAGUCCGUCUGUGACAAAUAUGGUGCCCUUUUCAUGCUCGAUGAGGUAAUGUCUGGCAUGGGCCGAAUGGGUACUAUGCACGCUUGGCAGAGCCUCGGUGAUGGUGCUGCACCUGACCUGCAGGCAAUAGCCAAGGGUUUGGGUGGUGGUUACGCUCCCAUAGGUGCUGUUCUCAUCUCGCCUAAAGUGGCGAAAGGGAUCAGGGGGGGUUCCGGACAACUCAAGAACGGUCACACAUAUCAGGCAAAUCCACUAGCAUGUGCAGCGUCUUUAGCUGUGCAAAAGGUCAUCAUCGAGGAGGAUCUCCUUGCGCAAUGCAGAAAGAACGGUGCACACAUGAUGGCGCUUCUGAAAGACCGUUUACAGUCCCCGAAUGCUCUCGCAGCGCCAUAUACAUUCGAUGUGCGCGGGGCUGGGGCUUUCUUUGGGGCAUGCUGCUUUAAGAAUGGACUUAUUGCGAUGGGUAUGGUUGGUGGCUCCUCACUCGAUGGAUCGAAGGGGGACCACCUCAUGCUCGGCCCUGCAUACAAUGCAACCACCGAGGAGAUAGAGAAGAUUGUGGAUAUUUUCGUGAAGAGUAUUGAGGAGGUGUUAACAGAAAAUUUAUUAUAAUUGUCGAUCACUCCUGUACAUAGCAUCAUUUUUUGUGAAUGCAGUGAGCAUUCUUGCUUAGUAA